AUGUUCAGAAAUAACUACGACAACGAUGCGGUCACCUUCUCCCCGCAAGGUCGGAUAUUCCAGGUAGAGUAUGCACAGGAGGCAGUGAAGCAGGGUUCCGUCGUGGUUGGUCUGGUCAAUAAGACACAUUCCGUGCUGGUUGGCCUGAAGAGAAACGCCGAAGAACUUUCCUCAUACCAGAAGAAGAUCAUCGAGGUCGACUCCCAUAUGGGUGUCGCUAUCGCCGGUCUGGCAUCAGACGCCCGUGUACUAUCCAAUUACAUGAAGCAACAGUGUCUCAGCUCCCGAAUGACCUACGGUCGACCCCUGCCUGUGAAUCGCAUUGUCAACCAAAUUGCAGACCGUGCUCAAACAAACACGCAACAGUACGGAAAGCGACCAUACGGUGUUGGUCUACUCGUUGCUGGAGUGGAUGAAGCUGGCCCUCAUCUAUUCGAGUUCCAGCCUUCCGGCAUGGCCCAGGAGAUGCUCGCCUGUGCCAUCGGAGCACGAUCCCAGAUGGCCCGGACCUACUUGGAGCGCAAUCUAGACCAGAUCACAGAAUCUAGCCGGGACGAGCUCGUCACCCAUGGACUCCGAGCUCUCAAGGAGACUCUUUCCCAGGAUAAAGAGUUGACGGUAGACAACACAUCCAUCAGCGUGGUGGGACUUGCAAGCGAUACCGGGAAGACUGAGAACUUCAAGCUCUACGAAGGACAGCAGCUCCUUCCGCUCUUCGAAGCCCUGGACCGGUCGGACGCGGGCGAGACCAAGGAGACUGAGACGAUGGAGGUCGAUCCAUAA